CCCCGAGGCGCGCUGGAGCCGGAGGGGAGGGCGGCGCCCCUGCGCGUUGCAGGGAUCAGGUGCGGGAGGGCGGCGGCGGCACUCCCUCCCUGGGGCGCGCGCGGAAGGACCUGCGUUGACUUUCCGCGGGGGCGGGGAGAAGUGAGAUGCUCGCUCGCCACAGAACGAAGCGCAUAUACAGAAGUGAGUAAGUUUGAGCUGCUAAGGCACCCGUAGCUUUCGCGUCGUGUCUUCCUAGUUCCGUGGAAUUCCAUGUCCACCCCUGUCGGGCUUUUAUGGACGCCCUCCUGGCCGCGCUGGGCGCCGCUGCCCUGCUGUUGCUGCUCCUCACUGCGCGGCUUCUCCUAGCGAGGCGGAACAGCAGCCCGCGGACAGCUCCCCUCAGCCUCCUGGUGGUGGCCGGCUCCGGAGGGCACACAACAGAAAUCCUGAGAUUACUGAGCAGUUUGUCCCAGUCAUACUCUCCUCGACAUUACAUUUUUGCAGAUUCAGAUAAAAUGAGUGAAGAUAAAAUACGUACUUUUGAACAAAAAAGAGCUGAAACUUUCUCCAAUUCCCAGUUUACCCUUAAUCGUAUUCCCAGAUGUCGGGAGGUGUGCCAGUCUUGGAGCUCUUCAGUAUUGACAACACUGUACUCCAUACUUUACUCCUUUCCUUUGACUUUCAGACUAAAGCCAGAUUUGAUAUUGUGCAACGGACCAGGAACAUGUGUUCCUGUCUGUAUAUCUGCCCUUCUUCUUGAGAUACUGGCGCUAAAGAAAGUUAUCAUUGUGUAUGUAGAGAGCAUCUGCCGAGUGGAAACUUUAUCCCUGUCUGGAAAAAUUCUUUACUACUUUUCGGAUUACUUCAUUGUUCAGUGGCCUGCUCUGAAGGAAAAAUAUCCCAAGUCUAUAUAUCUUGGUCGAAUCGUGUGACAACAAAAGGCAAACUUUAUUUAUAAUGAAUUCACAUUUCUGCAGGUAGCUCCUCUUUAUAGUUAAAGGAAUAUAUUUAUUUUUUCCACAGGUUCUUGAUUUGAGAUUUACUGGUUGUUGCAAACCAAAUGUAUAAGUCAAACAGCCAAGACUUGAAAGCAGACUGCAAUAAAGAGUUACAUUAAGAAAAUGUUAUUUCUGCAUACACAUUUAUUGCCAUCAUGUGGAUUUAUUCACCAGCUUCUCUUCACACUUGUAAGGGAAUAGCAUUGAAUCUUCUCGGUCUCUGGUUUCACCUAAUUGUCUUGUGACAUAAACAGGAAGAUCUGUCUACAAAUAAAUAUGAGAGUUUGUCUGAAUUGUAACAUUUCCUAUAAGGAAACUUUCUGUAGUAUUCUAAAGGGUAAGAAACAUGGUCUUGUUCUAAUACAACAGACUGUUUCCUGUAUGCAAGCAGCAAAGUCCCUAGCGAAUCUUUGGAAUAUAAAGAAAACAGUUAUAUUAAGUUGGCUUCAUUACAAUUAGCACUCUACAGUCUUCCAAAACCCUGGACAUUAAACCAGCAUAAUUUUUCCUCUUGAUUUGUCAAAGCUGCUCCUACUAUCCAAAACACACCUCUUGUUUAAAUUAAGAUAAAUAAGAAGGUGACAAAUGUCAUGAGACAGAUACAGUGUUUGUAUAGUCAAAAGAUACACACUUCAAAAUGUACAUAAAAAUAUCCUUUGCAGCUUUACAUUGUAGACAAAACUGUGACCGUGGAGUAUUGAGCUGUUUUGGCCCAAUUUGCUGCCACAUGUGUAAAGACUAAAAUGAGUAUUAACGAUGGCAACAGAAGUGGGGGGGAAAUACCUCUCUUGCUUGGUGAAUUUGAUUUCUGUAUAUUUUGUUUUGUCUGUUUAAGAAAAUAAUCUCUAUUUCAGCAAUACAAUGCACAUUUAAUAAAGAAGGGCUUUUUUGUGGAAAAUGGCACUUCAUAUCAGGCAAAAUUUAAAAAUUUAUUUUGUGGGAGAAUGAAGUAUGUGUAAGUAUACUUUAGUCUUUCAAGUUCAUCUGGCAAAAUGUAGUCCUAUACAAUGUUCCAUGCAUAAAGCAAUAUAAACACAUCUGUCAUCUGUAUAUAUACACACUCAUAUGUUUCUGGCUAGAGAAACACAUACAGAGAAGAAAGCUCAUAGAAGAGUGGAAAUGCUUUAUAGAGACUGUAUGAACUGACUACAAGGAGGCCAAGCAGCAGCUCCUCAAGCAACCACAUGGGGAUAAAGUUCUGAGGCCUUUUCCACUAUGCCAGAGGUCAAAAAAGUCAUGGAGGUUAUUUUGGUAACUGGAGCAGGGAUUGGUUUAUUUCCACAGAAAUAGUGGUGCCUGCUUUUUGGAAAUAAGGGUGCGAAGGAACAUUUAAUCUGUUUCUUGAAAAAAUGGUAUCCCGAUAUGCUAAAUCCUGUAUGAGGGCCAGGUGUUGCAUCCCAUCAGCAGGUUUAAUAGUUCUUAGCUGGGGGAGGAAUAUACUUGCAAAGAUUCCAUUAAUUUGGUCACAAAUGUGUUUCAAAACCCUCUAUAUUUUACAGGGUCUUAACAUGGACAAUGACUAAUAUGAAAGGGGUGCUAAUGGAUUAGAGAUUUGUAUGAAGACAUCUUUGUGCAGUUUGUAUGAGUCACCACUUAGGUCCUUGAAAAUGACCUGAUGUGAGUUAUGCUGAUAUGUGUAAGUUUUUCCCUUACUAACUGGAAUGAGGAUCAUGUUAUCAGGACUUUCUGCACAGUUGUAGAUUGGUAAGAAGGGAGACGCUGUUUUAUUAUGGCUAAAACCACUUUGUUUUUUAGACGCGUUACCGAACUUAUUCUGUGAGCUGGAUGCCGCCCUCCACUGUAGUACGGCACUCGAGUUGAGGGGGGAGAGGGACCCUCCUCCCCUGCUCUCUGUAAAAGCAGCAGUGCAGGAUCUCUCCCUAGAGCAGCGGUUCCCAAACUUUUGAUGGUUGUGCCCCCCCCCCCCCCAUAUCAACCACCCCCCGGGGCCGGGAGUAGGGCCACAACUCUGGGGUGAGUGGGGGGAGACAUGGACGGGGGCCGAGGCUGAGGUUGGGAGCGGGACUGGGGCCAGGCCAGUAGUGGAGCCAUGCCGAGGCUCGGCAUAGGGCCAGGCGUGGGGGUGGGAGCG